AUGCCGAAGGAUAUUUCGGAUACAGGGCUAUCCGUUGUUUACGAGGCCGAGAACUCCUCUCCAAUCAUCGACAUCGUAUUCGUUCAUGGCUUACAGGGCCAUCCGUCCAAGACAUGGACUUACCACAAAAAAGAAAAGAAAAAAAGUUUUAUUCACCGUAUGUUCCAGAAAUUAUUGAAGGCUACCACACAUCCCGAGGAUAAUGGCACCCAGUUCAAGCCGGUAUUCUGGCCUGCUGAUUUGCUUCCCAACAAUUGUCCCGACUCACGCAUUCUCACAUUCGGCUAUGACAGCAAGGUUACUAAGUACAACGCCAGUGAGAUAAACCAGAACAGUAUUUUCGUGCACAGCAAAGAUCUUCUUGGUGAAUUGCAUAGAGGAAGAGAAAGAGAUCCUAAACGCCGGUUGAUGUUCGUUGCUCACAGUCUGGGUGGAAUUGUUGUCAAGGAAAUGCUUGCAAGAUCGUCUUCAUCCGUUGAGGGCGGGCUUAGAAAUAUCGUCGAAUCAACUGCAAUGGUUGUUUUCCUUGGCACACCGCAUCGCGGUAGUCAGCAUGUGGCGGCUCUCGGCGAAGUGGUGCGGUCUGUCGUCAGCUCUCUCGGCAUGAAGACAACACCCGUUAUUCUUGAUGCUCUGGGAUUAAAGACUACGGAUUUAGUACGCGCGCAGGAGGAUUUCUCCAUGCUAUGGCACAAAUACGACUUUCGAGUCAAGACAUUCCAAGAAGGCCUCACCUUAGCAAAACUUGGAAAAAAGGUGGUUCCCGAUUACUCAUCCUCGAUUGGAGAUGCUCGUGAAUAUGCCGAGACGAUGCAGGCAAACCAUAUAGGGAUGUGUCGUUACUCAGGGCCAAACGACCCGAACUACUGCAAAAUAGCUGGAGCGCUUCAAUCGAUAUAUCUUUCCAUUCCAAGUCUGAAAGCAAUCGAAGCUUCCCUAGACCGACGAAUACAACUUACUAAGUCGGUGUUGAGUACAACCUCCACGAAUGAGCCACCUCAUGUUGUCAAUGGUAGCAAGGUCAAUGAGGCUUGCCUCAGAUCUUUGUGGUUCCCAACUAUUGAUAGGAGACUCCAAAGUCUGGGGAGUCCAGCCGAGAAGACUUGUGCAUGGUUGUUCGAUCACAAGUUGUACAAGGAUUGGUUUAAUGGUACGGGCAGGCACGAGAGCUAUGGGCUUCUUUGGCUAAAGGGAAAGCCUGGUGCAGGGAAAUCGACACUUAUGAAAGAGGCUUUCCAUCAGGCCGCGCGAGAACAAGCCGAAUCAAACUACUCUACAGCGGCUUUCUUCUUCAACGCUAAAGGAGAUGAGCUUGAGCAUUCGAGUCUUGGCCUUUUUAAGUCCUUGCUGUAUCAGCUUCUGCCUGGAGACAAGCAAGGUCUUGAAUUCUUCCACAAAAUGUGGGACGAAAAAAACAAAUUCGUGAAACGAGACAUAGGGGAGGAAUGGGCCGCUUGGGCAGAGUCAGAACUAGAAUCUUUUUUAGAAUGGGUGCUUCUCAUUCAGACAAAGAAGAGGAUUAUUUUCAUUGAUGCCCUCGAUGAGUGCGAUGAGCCCCAGAUACGACUAAUGGCCUACUUCUGGAGGCGGUUAACCCGGGGGGCCUACCUCAAAGGAAUUGACCUCAAUGUCUGCAUCUCCAGUAGACACUUUCCCACAAUCACCCUGAGUGACUGUCCGGAAAUAUUUGUUGAACAGCACAAUAGUGAUGAUAUAGAGACAUAUGUGGAUUGCAAGUUCGAACUUGCCUUCGCCACAAAAAGGCCUCAAUGGGAACUAUUGAAGAAAAAUAUUCUUCAAAAAUCUGCUGGAGUAUUCCUUUGGGUUGUGUUGGUGGUGGAAGAUGUUCUUAGAAGCUGGGAUGAUGGAAACGAAAUGCCAUACCUGAACCAACGAGCUAUGGACUUACCGGAGGAGCUCGAAACUUUAUUUUCCAACAUUUUCUCAAAACUUGAACCCAAUGCAAGAGAGUUAACUGUCAAGUUCUUCCAGUGGGCUAUUCUGGCCACAAAACCACUCCGACUUUACGAGUGGCGUCACAUACUGGCUUUCAUCCGACAGCCGACUCUGAAAUCUCUUCGCGAGUGGCGUCAAUCAAACAGCUUCAUCGAAAGCGAUGAACAGCUUGAGAAACAAAUUCGAACGAUCUCUAGGGGUUUAGUUGAAGUGAAGAGAGUAUACGUAGGAGAUUCACAAGAGGAGGGAAUUGAAGCCAUAUCAAACCACGCGGGAGCGGGAUCCCUUGAUCUCGAGCAUGGAGAUUCCAGGAUCGUCCAGGUUAUACAUGAAUCUGUGCGUGAGUUCUUCUUGAGAAAUAACGGAUUCUUCAUGUUGGAUCCGGGCCUACGGUCCAACCCGAUUGGCAAUGGCCACCUUUCAAUAAUGGAAACUUGCCUGGACUACCUCAAUAUUAGGGAGCUGAAUGCACUCGUUCAGGCACGG